AUGACCUCCAUAUCAGCAGCCCUCUCGCGAGCGCUCCCGAAACCAAAAUAUACCGGGGAGGAGGAGGAAAUUCCCCAGCAUGCGCAACAGCGAGGCCCUAGGAUUCUGGGAGCAGGCGCUCUAGAUGACUCCCAAAUUGUGUUAAAGAAAUCUGGACCUCCACCAUACGGAAAUCGAGCAGGAUGGCGACCGCGGAGCCAGGAGGACUAUGGAGACGGCGGGGCCUUUCCAGAAAUUCCAGUUGCGCAAUACCCUUUAGAGAUGGGCAGAAAAUCACAAUCUUCUAGCAAUGCACUUGCUGUCCAAGUUGAUGCGGAGGGGAAAGUCAAAUACGAUGCUAUUGCGCGACAAGGACACAACGAUAAGCGGAUAGUCCAUGCCUCUUUUAAGGAUCUAAUACCACUUCGACAACGCGCUGAUGCGGGGGAUAUUAAUUUAGAUAGACCGAGCGAGGAGGAAGUGGCUGCUUCGACGGAGAGGACGAAAGAUGCUCUCGCGAAGUUGGUCAGUGGUGCGGUGGCUGCGCAGAAACCCAAGAACGUCAAUUCUGGAAACAGGAAGGAACCGACGUUUGUUCGAUACACGCCUGCGAAUCAGAUGGGGGAUAAUACAAGGAAGAAUGAUCGGAUUAUGAAGAUUGUGGAGAGGCAGCAAGAUCCUAUGGAGCCGCCGAAGUUCAAGCAUAAGAAGAUUCCAAGAGGUCCACCUAGUCCUCCACCUCCAGUUAUGCAUUCACCACCGAGGAAACUGACGGCGGAAGACCAAGAAGCUUGGAAAAUCCCACCUCCUGUUUCAAAUUGGAAGAAUCCUAAAGGUUAUACUGUCCCGCUGGACAAGAGAUUGGCUGCCGAUGGAAGAGGAUUACAAGAUGUCACAAUCAAUGACAAAUUUGCCUCUUUCGCUGAAGCGCUUUUCACAGCUGAUAGACAUGCAAGAGAGGAGGUCAAGCAAAGGGCAUUGAUGCAACAGCGGUUAGCAGAGAAGGAGAAGGCACAAAAAGAAGACCACCUCCGACAAUUGGCGCAAAAGGCGCGAGAAGAGAGAGCGACGGCGGGAUCUGGGAGAAGAGGAUCGCGGACAUCGAGAUCUCGGUCAGGCAGCUACAGCUAUUCCGAGUCUAGUUCUGACGACGAGGAAGCGGGGGUCAAGGAGCGAGAAAAGGCGCGCCAAGAAAAGCGAAGAGAGGACGAAAGAAAAUUGAGACAGUCGCAUAUGGGUGCGGAGAAGAGAGCGCAAAUGUUUGCUCGAGAACAGAAUCGAGACAUUUCGGAGAAGGUUGCUCUGGGGUUGGCGAAGCCUACAGCGUCUUCAGAGAGCAUGUUUGAUUCCCGCUUGUUCAAUAGGACGAGUGGUUUUGAUUCGGGAUUCAAUGAGGAUCAGGCAUACGACAAGCCUUUGUUUCAAGCCCAUGAUGCUAUUAAUUCUAUCUACCGCCCAAGACAGGGCAUGGAUGAUGGGGAUGAUGAUGAGGCUGCCGAAGCUGAGAUGGGGAAGAUUCAGAAAGCGAAGCGGUUUGCUGAUGCCCUUGGGAAGGGGACGUUUAAGGGCGCUGCUGAAGUAGAGGCGAGAGAGGGACCAGUGCAAUUCGAGAAGGACACUGGGGAUGUGUUCAACGUGGAUGACUUUCUGAGCAAGGUUGGCGAGAGCUCGAAUAAGCGCGAAUAUGGACUGCAGGAAGGAGAAGAGCGGUCGACCAAGAGGGCGAGGGUUGACGAGGACGAGGACUAA